AUGCCUGGCGAGCACAUGCAUGGUGGGUCCCCAGCCCUGCUUGCCAAGGAAGCUGCCCUGCAGAGCCUCUGCACUGGGAGGAGCAGCCCCAACCGCAGGGGAGGAUGUGUGACCGCCUCGCAAGGGUGUUCGGGGUCGUCUUCAGGUCCCUGAGGGCCAGAGCUGCUGCACCAGGAAGCCACGUGAGCAGGACCAGGCAUCAAGUACCCGUAGCUGAGCUGAAAAGGGACGAGCUGCCUGCUCAGGUCCAGACCACAGGCCUACACCCACCCUCGUCCCCAGAGGAAGCUGCUGACCCAGGCCGAGCUGCCCAGAAGGAGAGGCUCCAUGCGGAGCUGAAGUGGGUUCUGCAUAGGAAGGCGGCCGGCCGGCCCAGCUCCGAAGAGGCCACGGAGGAACCCCAGGCUGCCUUGGGGAUGGAGGCGCAGCUGCCCAAGAUGGAGAAGGCCACUGAGAAGUCUGAACUCCUGGAGAUCAUAGUGGAGACAGAGGCCGAGGCCGGGGUCAGUGGGGUCAGCGUGGCUGGAGGGGGGAGGCAAGGCCUUUUCAUCAAGGAUGUACUGAAAGGCUCCCCAGCCGCCCACGCCUUCAGCCUCAGAGAAGGAGACCAGCUCCUGAGUGCCAGGGUUUAUUUUGACAACAUGAAGUACGAAGAUGCCCUGCAGAUCCUCAAGAGCGCAGAACCGUACAAGGUCUCCUUCUGCCUGAAGAGGACGGUCCCCGGCACAGACGUCACUCGCAGCCCUGGAGCCCCCCCCAGCUCCGAAGGGAGGGAACCAAAAGCCAAAAUGGCCAAGCUGAGCAUCCGCAGCUUGACCUCUCUGAAGAAGUCCAAGAAGGCCAGGACAAGCUUGGGCAAGGCCCUCGGGGAGGCAGAGCGCCGUGGCGGACCAGAGCCCAUUGGCGUAAAGUCAGAGGACGUGGCUCCGGUGGAUGUGGAGUUCUGCUUGCCCAUGUUCUCCAAGCUGCACAAGGCCAGGAGCACCAGAGGGGGGGUGGCGGUGGCCGGGCACAGCCCAGAAUUCUCCCCUCUCCUUUCCUCUCUGGAGACCAAGGGCCGCAAGCUGAAGUUCCCCAGGCUGAAGGUCAAAGAAGCCCUGGCAGCAAGGGCAGUGGGGGCUGCUGGGCAGCACCACGUGGCCCCACCCAAGGCUGCCCAAGGAGGCACCAGGGGGAAGGCCUCCCCAUUCACCACCCCCUUCUCCAAAAGAAAGAAGCCCAGAGAGGCUGGGCCAGUGAAAGGGAUCUCCAGGCCUCAAGAGAGGUGGACCCUGACUUCCCCUGGCACUCCAAAAGUCGGGCCUGUGGGAGAGCGCUCUCCCAAGGCUGGUGGUACUGACCAUGGAGGUGCUGCAGCAGUCCAAGUCCUGCCAUUCGGGCUGCCCCAGGUGGAGGUGGCCCUGCCUAAGGGGAGCCCCGUGGGUCUGGAAGCCCCCGAAGAGGGUGCCUUCGCUGCACUGAAACUCCUGGCAGCUGAAGUGACAGCCCCGAAGCUGGAGGUGGCCCUCAGCCUCCCUAGACUGGAGGGGGCUGCCCCAGAAGUUGCCCUCAAAGGGGAAGGCUUCCAGGUCAGAGUCCCCAAGGUGGGGGUCUUUGCUGAAGAGACGGAGAGAAAGUUGGCCCCCCUUGAUGUUGUCUUGAGAAAAGGAAGAGGCAAAGCUGAGGGGCUAGAAGAGAAGGGGACAGUGCCAUCCCUGGGUGUGGAUCUCCCUUCUGUAGACAUAGAGAUCCCUCUGCCCAGGGGGAAGGCACCAGCUGAGGCCCCCAAGCCAAAAAUUGAGAUCCCAGACAUUUCGAUCAAGGUGCCCCCAGUCAGGCUGAGCUCCAGACCCCGAGAGGACGAGGGGGAGAGUCGGAUGCCCCAAGUGGAGCUCUCUGUGGGGAAACUGGAAAGCCCAAAGGCAAAAGCCAAGAGCCAGGCCCUGGGAUUAGGCGUCUCUUUGAUGGAGUGUGUGUCAGAGAGCAAAGAGGUCGCCAGCAAGACAAAGCAUCUGGCCCUGAAGGUACCAUCCCUUGAUAUCUCUGCCCCCCAAGUCAUUAACAUGCAGCUCCCAAAAGCCUUGGCAGGGCUGGCAGUCCCUGCCCCAGGGGUGAAGGUCACAGAGGCUACAGAAGGGCCCAGAGUAGAACUCCUGAUCCCUCAAGUGUCGCUCCCAAAAUGCACCGUCCCCACCAAGGCAAUACCCUCCCCACCACAAGCACCCAAAUGGCCCAAAGGUGAUACUGGUGGGAAGGGCAGUGUCCCCACACUGGAUCUGUCCUUGCCAGCAGGGAAGUCACUGGAAGUGCAGUUUCCUAAGGGGCAUGUUCCGAAACCAGAGUUGGACCUCUGUGUGGACAGGCCACAGGUGGAGGUAGCCCUCCCUGUGGCCCGACUGAGUUUUCCUUUGACCACUGCGCCGGCCCUUGAACUUGAUUUGCCCAGAGUUGGCAUCGAGCUCAGUUUGCCUAAGGUUGACAGCGAGGGCACGGAGUCCAAUCACACAUCCAGGGACCAUGACGCUAAGUUAAAAAUGCCCCCGCUUGGGACUCUGAGCAGAGACUUCGAGGUAGAGAUCAGUGUCCCCCAGUGCAGGAAUGGCCAGUCUGAACAACAGGCAGGUGGGGGGGCCGCUGCAGAGCUGGAUGCGGAGGCAAUCGUUGCCAGACUUCCUAAAGUGGGUCUCGCUGUAAGCAAAGAGGAAUCAGGAGAGGCUGGCUUGGUUCACAAGGGGAAGCCAGAAUCGGCAGGCUUGGCCAGGGGUGGAGAGGGGAAGCUGUCUUCCAUGGGAGUUUCAGCCAUAAAGUUCCCAGAGGUGACCCUAGAGAGGGGUGAGUCCCCUGAGACAGGAACCAAGCCAAAGUCACCCAAAUUUGCUCUUUCCAAAUUUGGCAUUUCUGGCCCAAAGGUCUGGAAAGUGAGCACACAGGUGGCAGGCCCUGAUGCUACAGACAAAGGGUUGAAGUUGAAGAUGCCAAAGUUUGGGAUCUCCUUCCCCAAAUCCAAAUGGGGGGCAGAUGCAGAGGGCCCCAAACCAGCCCUAGAGGGAGAAAGGAAAACUCCCAGGGAAAGGGGGACAACCUCAGCAGCUGAUGAGGAGCCUUCAGAGAGAAGACGGCAGGGUCUUGCCAUAGCUCUGCCCAAGGUGGGCAUCAGCCUGGCCACAGAGAAGGCAGAGUCCCCUGUUGAAGAGGGCACCGGCACUUUGCCUGAACUCAGCAUAGAACUCCCAGACAUCAAGCAAAAUAUACCAAAGCUCUCACUGCCCACAUUUGGGGGUAAGGGUCAGGAGGGCGACGUGGGGCUUGAGAGGGGGGAGGCCAAACUGAGCAGAAGCAGAGGAGCCCUGACAGGAGGGCGGAGGGCUAAGGCCCCUGAGGAGGAGGAGGAGGAGGCCCAAGCCAAGAUGCACAGGUUCAAACUGCCAUUGUUCAGCAUGGUCCACAGAGACCUAGAGGAGGUGGGUUUAGGAAUGAAGAGCAAGGCCAAGAAGGCGGCUGGGGCUCCCAAGGAGAAGCCACGCGGCCCCCUGGCCAGGAUGGCCAAGCUGAAGCUGCCGUCUGCCAAGGCAGACCUGGGCCACGUUCCAGUUCCUCAGGUAGAGCUACCCAAGAUCAGCCUCCCCGAGACCCAAGCAGACAAGGCCCUGCUGGUGGGGUCAGAGAGCCCCAAGGUCCAUGUGCCCUCUCUGGAGAUCGCCAUGCCUGGCGCUACAACCCAAGCAGAGCUGACUCCAGGGAGACGAGGAGCGGAGGCUUCCGAGGCAGACGCCAGAGAACGGAGGAUGCCCAAAGCACCAUCUCUGGAUGUCUCCGCGCCCAAAGUGGAGCUGCACCUGAGCCUGCCCCCGGCUGGGGGAGAGGCCCCUGGGCCAAGUGGAGUCCCCGAGGCAGAGGUGAGCAGCAAGUUGCCCCAGUGGGAGCUGCCACUGUCUGUGAGAGGGGGGGCAGCAAACGUGCAGCUGCUCAAAAGCGGAGGAGAGCCAGGCACUGCUGGAGCCUCCAAGAUGCAGGUGGCCAAAGCACAACUACCAGAUGUGGAGCUGUUCAGAAGUGAGGGAGAGCGGGUUGUGGUAGGGCCCGAGGUGGUGUUCAGAAUGCCUUCUGUGGAGCUACCUGUAUUCUCCACCCCAAAAGCUGGGGCCCCAGAACAAGAGCUUGAGGGGAGCCCGGAAGGGGGCAAGAUGCUGCCCACAGCCAAGCUGAGCAGCCCAGCAAUUAGACUGCCCAGACUUAGAAGCCUGGAUGCAGAGGGGGAGGGGGAGGUGAAAGUGGACCUGCCACAGCUCGAGCUGAAUGUCCCCCAGCUCGGAGGCAGCGCUGCAAAGUUGGGUGCAGAAGCCAGGGGCAAGGGAGAUCAGGGCACCCUGCCCUGUCCACUGAGUGGCCUUGGCCUUUGCAAGGCAGAAGGAGAAGCCGCGGUCGUGGAGGAGGUGGGUGCAUUCGACCCUGACAGCAAGUUCAAGCUGAAGAUCCCUUCCCUGAGCAUCUCCAAGGUGAGCACGGAGCCCAGGGUGGACAGGCAGCCCCUCUGCCCUUCUCCCAAGGAGGAAGACGUCUCGGUCAAAAUGCCCCAGAUUGCGCUGGGUUUCUCUGUGGAUCAAGGUGGCAAGAGGGAGGCCAAAGUAGAAGCAGGGAAACUGGCAUGUGCUGAAGGUCUGGAAACUGAGGGGUUUGAGGGCAGGUUGAAGAUGCCCAAAAUCAGGAUCCCAGCACUGGGGGUAUCGAUCCCCAGAGGAGGCCGGGAAGCAACCCUUCCCCAACACCUGGAUGGAAAGAGAGCCAUCUUCCGAGUGCCUGGCCUAGAGCUCUCAGCACCAACUCUGAAGGCUCGCGUGGAAUAUGAAGUGGCGCAGGCCCAGCUGGAAGUGGCCAGCAGGAGAGUCCGUGCCAGCAGCGACGGCUGGAAGAUCCCAGGGUGCAAAGGGGAGGCCUCUGAUGUGGAGGCAGGGAAGAAGUACAAAGUAAAGAUCCCAAAGUUUGGGUUGUCCAUGCCCAAAGCAGGGGAAAGUAUUUUGGGGCAUGAAGCAGAAGCCAAGGCCAAGAAGUCCCCUUUUGGGCUGGGAAGGUCCAAAGAGAGUGGGGUGGAAGGCUCUUCUGGGCUGCUGGAGGGAGACGAGGGGACGGAGGGCAAAGGGGUCGGGGGCAGGCUCAGGCUGGGGCUGUCCCUCUCCAAGCUGAAAAUGGGCUUGCUGGUCGUCAACGGGGAGCUGGAGAGCGGAGCCUCCAAACAGAAGCUGCCCAAUCUGGGCUUUUCCAAGGGAGAGGGCGGCGCCCAGUUCGGCGGGGAGAGAGCCAAGACUGCGCUGCAAAAUGGGGCUGAAGGCGGCAAGGGCAAGCAGGGCAAGAUGCAGCUGCCCCGGGUGGAGCUCCCUUCCCCCUCCAUGCUGGCUGAGAACGACUCUGAGCUCAGCCUCAAGCUGGUGAGGGCUGCCUCAGGAGGCCUGGGCCCUUCUGCAGCUCUCAAGUUCAAGCCCCCCCAAAUCGCUUUCUUGGGCUUCAGGAAGAGAAACGGGGAGGCUGCCCCUGGAGCUGUGGUUUCUUCCGCUGCCCAAACACAGAUGGCCUCCCUGAAAAGAGGUGACUCCGCCCUCAAGGGGGAGAAGUCCCCCAAGUUUAAGUUUCCAAAGGUGGCCCUGAGCCCUGGCUCCCACAGCGUGCUGGAAAUGACUCCCAAGGGGGAGGCCAGGGCAGGCGAGGCUGGGGAGGGCUCUGAACAGGGUCUGGAAGUCCAAUUGCCCAGGGUGGGCUUCUCUGAGGAGACAGGAGGGGAGGGGACAGCUGCAGUGUGAGGCCAGGAGGCCCACGGCCGCUCUGCUGAUGCUGGGCUUCCUUCCCACGGGAUAUUUAGCACUAACCACAGGCGGGGGCGGGGGGGGGAGGCCAUCCAAAGGGAUGAGCCCCCCACCCCACCCCCACUAAGCUCCACUCCAAAGACAUCUUGUCUUCCUCGUGGACAAACCAGGUGCCGCACGUGAAUUGUCCCAUUCACCUAUACAAGCAGCUGCCCUGGGCAGUAUCCCUCGGAGGGGGUUUUCUUGGUGCCAGCUUGCUUGCUCACUCUAAUGUUAGGAAGCUUGUCUGCUGACAAUCGACUGGACAACCUUCCGCUGGCCCUCAUUCCCUUUUAUAAAAGCUAUAUUUAAAACAAGGGGCAAAAAGAUGGUUGCUCUGACAUCUGCACAAGCAACUCCGAAAAGAGCUGACCGCCAUUCCCAGCAGAGGCUGAAUGGUGGGGGUGGCAAGAGGCUCUCUUUUCUCCCAAGGGAAGCUGGCGGGCUGAGCUCAAGUGAGGUGGAAGCCACUGUCCUCUGUGCAUCCGCCCUGUGGAAAUCCCUGCACUGGUGAAUGGGCCCUUCCAGCUCACUCAAUACAAUGUUUUGAAGGAGUUAGGCCUCCCCUUUCUCUCCCUAUCAAAACUUUCUCUGGUUUCCUUUCCCUCCCUCCCUUCAUGAUGGUAGCUUGACUAGUAAUCCCCAUUUUGACUUGAAUGAGUCUUCUUCUUUUCUUGCAAAGGGUACAAUGGCAUGAUUUUAAAUGAGCGUUUAAGUAGUUCCAGUCCUGCAAGUGUCAAAUAUCUCUAGGCCGUUCUGUGUUUGCAUUGAUAAGCAAGCCAGCGGGGUCUUGGCAGGGUGAGGGGGUGGGAAAGGUGUGUGUGAAGAUGGAGGUGGUCCCCAGGAAAGGGCCAGAAAUAAUUUCUUGUUGUUCUGAGAUGUACAUAAGUCUUUCAGUUUAAUUUUUAACAAUGCAGGCCUGCUGUGAUAGGCUUCAAGUUUUUGCCACUAACAUUCCCAGUAACCACCUCUGCCAGAUGGCAUGUCAAAUUACUUUUCAAAAUAAAGAUGUUCUGUGGGUCCCUGACGCAUUCUUCUCCCACCUCCCAGUCUGGGUUUGAAUAAAAUUAAUCUGUGGACUAA